AGAAGAACACUGUGUUGACUGUUGUUUGGUAAAUUUUGGUUUUCACUGAAUUGGUAGGUGGAAGGGUAAAACAUUACUUUCUACUACAGUAUAUAGAAUAGAAGAGUGAAGGGACGCUGUUUGGCAUUCCAAUAUCCAAACUAAAAACAGACUCUCAAUUUCUGUUACGAUUUCAGCAUCCCAUAACAGCACGGGCAAGCACCUUCUAGUUUCUCAAUAGGUGGCGAAAACUUGACGACUACCCGAAAAUAGAGAGAGAGAGAGAGAGAGAGAACAGCUACUUUCGCCGUCGCCAGACUUUUGAACUUAACGGCCGUUAGGAAGAUGGUGAAGGCAAUCAUAGCGCCGUCGAUGCUAUCAUCGGACUUUGCUAAUUUAGCAUCUGAAGCACAGCGUAUGCUCAAUUGCGGUGCUGAUUGGCUCCACAUGGAUAUCAUGGACGGGUAGGUCAAGCUCUGAUUGUAUACAUGUUAAAAUGAUGGGUGGAUAAUUGAAUGAAAAUUGUGCUCAUUGGAGUUUUUCAUAUUUCUAAACACAGAAGGUACCGUAAUACUUUUUUUUUCCUUUUUUUUCUGCACUCGGCUCUUUUGCAGACACUUUGUCCCAAACCUUACCCUUGGUGCUCCAGUUAUCGAGAGUCUGAGAAAGCACACUAAGGCAUACCUGGACUGCCACCUCAUGGUCACUAAUCCCCUUGAUUAUGUGGAACCGCUAGGCAAAGCUGGUGCCUCAGGCUUUACUUUCCAUGUUGAGGCAGCUAGAGAUAAUUGGCAAGAGCUUGUUCAGCGAAUAAAGUCAAAGGGCAUGAAACCUGGAGUUUCUUUGAAGCCUGGUACGCCAAUUGAAGAAGUCUACCCACUGCUUGAUGGUGAGAACUCUGUCGAACUGGUCCUUGUGAUGACUGUUGAGCCUGGUUUUGGGGGACAAAAGUUUAUGCCAGAGAUGAUGGAUAAGGUACGUACUCUCAGAAAGAAGUAUCCAUCACUUGAUAUAGAGGUGGAUGGUGGUUUAGGACCUUCAACCAUUGAGGCAGCAUCCUCGGCUGGAGCAAACUGCGUAGUUGCAGGAAGUUCAGUUUUUGGAGCUCCAGAUCCAGCACAAGUCAUAACGUUGUUGCGGAACAGUGUGGAGGAAGCUCAAAAAAGGAGUUUAUAAGAUCUCAUGUUCCAUUAACGAACUAUCAAAGGAGGAUACCGAUCAUAUAUUUUGGAUCAUGUGUAGGAUAUCAAUAUCUUGAGAUACCAGCACUUAUUGAGUUAUCCGAGUUGUAUUUGUUGAAUAAUGUUAAGUAUUUUGUCACAUCAUCUCGAAAUUCUCAAACAUACUGAGUUGUCCAAGUUGUAUUUUUGAAUAAUGUUAAAUUUCUGGGGCUGGAUUUCGAUGAGGUCCAUGUCCCAUAUAGUUUGUCACUCACUUUAAUUCGUAUAUACUGUAUUUUUGCAGCGUUA